AUGAAAAGUUUAAAUUACCGAUUUCCUCAUUCAAGACAAGAUUCUGGAUAAAUGAAUAUAACUAGAUCAUAAUUACAAUACGGUUAAUAAGUGAUUAAAGUGUUAAACAACCGCUAAAAUGAAUAAAAUUGUGAUCGAUCACCUGCUCCUGUAGUACAUGGUUUAUAAAAAUUCGCGUUACCAUCUAGCCAAUAAUCAUCAGCAAAUCAUUCGAAGAAGUCUUCGAUAUCAAAAUAAUAAUAGCCAAAAUAAAUUGCAUUUGUUAACUGCUUGAUUCUCAAAGAUAAAUCAUAACUUAUUGAGGAUGAAGAAAAAGAAAAUAUUAAUGAGCCAAUUGUAUAAAAGAACAUGUUUAAUUUUUAAUUUGUAAUUGGGAUUGGUGGAUUUGGCAAGGUUUGGAAGGUGGAGUAUAAGAAGACUGGUUAGAUCUAUGCAAUGAAAGAAAUGUCAAAAGCUCUAAUUAUCGCAAAAAAAAGUGUUAAUUCAGUUAUGAAUGAAAGGCACAUACUGAGUAAUCUAAAACAUCCAUUUUUAGUUAAUAUCUAUUAUGCUUUUUAAGAGCGUGAUAAUCUUUUCUUGGUUUUAGAUUAUAUGCAAGGAGGAGACCUAAGAUAUCAUAUCGGAAAAAUGAGAAGAUUUUCAGAAGAUCAAACAAGAUUUUUUAUGGCUUGUAUAUUUUUAGGAUUAGAAUAUAUGCAUUCUAAAAAUAGUCUACAUAGAGACAUCAAACCAGAAAAUUUAGUGCUUGAUAAAAACGGUUAUGUCAGAAUAACCGAUCUUGGAAUAGCUAGAAUAUUAAGGCCUGAUAAUUAAUAGGAUACUUCAGGAACGCCUGGAUAUAUGGCCCCUGAAGUAAUGUGUAGGCAGAACCAUUCUUUCGCUGUAGAUUACUUUGCUUUGGGAGUAAUUGGAUAUGAAUUUAUGUUGGGAAAAAGACCUUAUACUGGCCGAUCAAGGAAAGAGAUUAGAGAUCAAAUUUUAGCUAAAUAAGUUCAAAUAAAAAGAUCUGAGAUUCCUGAUAAUUGGUCAUUAGAAUCAGCAGAUUUUAUUAAUAGACUAAUAUAACGAAAACCUGCAAAUCGAUUAGGAUUUAAUGGUCCUCAUGAACUGAAACAGCAUUCCUGGUUUAAGAAUUUUCCAUGGUAAAAAUUAUUGAAUAAAGAAUUGAGAUCUCCAUACAUACCUAAUUAAAAUGAAGAUAAUUUUGAUGCAAGAUAAAUAUCAAUGGAAGAUGAUGAAAAUAAUGAGCUUAUUUAAUAGCACUCCAUUAUGCUAAGGAGAAAUUCUAUAUAAUCAUAAUUUUCUGGAUACGAAAUGGAUAAUUUUAGUGAAAAACAACACACUUAGUUUAAUAAUUUUUGA